AUGCGUCGCUUAUCAAUUGGGGUCGUCGUUCUCACGGUAUUCAUAUUAAUAUUAUACCUCACCGACCUCUCGGUUGACAUUGCAACCCGAGAAAAACUUGUGGAUAGUUGUAACCGCAUAAUAGAAGAGGAACAAUUAGACAGUGACACGAUUAGUUGUAAACGUGUCGUGAAGAUAUAUCUGAUUAGAGAAGGCAUAUUCAUGUUCCUCUUCGGGAUGAUUCAAGUUUACUUUUCUCGCGUCGUGUUCCGUUUUGCACGUUCAAUGAGUAGUAUAUCUCAGUAUCCAUAUCCUCUCUCCAAGGAUGGUGACGAUCUUCCACCAACUUACUUUGUCUAUGCAUCGCAGGGCGUGCCAACAGCUGAUAAUUGGGUACCACCUCCAACCUAUAAUGGCAAUCCUAACAAUAUUGCGGUGACCUCGGACACUAAAUAUGCAGAGAAUGCUGUGAAUCAUGCCUAA